AUGGGGCAACAUCAUCAUCGUGCAACACUUAAAAAAUCCAAAAAGCCUUUCAAAUCAAGGCACUCUUCAAAGUCUGCCUUAAAGGCUCAAUUAAAGGGAAAAAUCGAAACAGUAAAAUCUAGCUCAAGUAGUACUGGUAAGACAGUAUCUAAAACAGCCAGAAUAAACUUGUUGAAACAACAAAAAAAAUUUAAGAUAUUAUCUUCUGUUUCAUCAAAAAACGUUUUUCAAGGAAUUGAUGGUGUUGAAAAAAUAGUUACUAUAAUUACUUUAACAAAUGAUUUGAGAAACAUUGAUAUUAUAAAUCAAUUAAUUGAUACAAUCAAUACUAAUGAAUCUGCGACUAAGAAAAUCGAUCAUAUUAGUUCUCCUAUAUCUUCAAUUUAUAUUCCGAGGUUCAAAUCUGGAUUAAAGAUUAUAUUGCCGGUUAUGAGUUCUUUUUUUGAUGUUUUAGAUGCUUGCAAGAUCUCGGAUUGGGUUGUGUUUGGUUUAAGUGCAAAAGAAGAAGUCGACAAAGCAUUUGGAGAGAAUUUGAUAAGAGCAUUAGAAUUACAAGGAAUUUCAAAUGUUAUUAGUGUAAUACCAAAUAUCUUUUCUAGUGACAAUAAUCCUAAACAAAGUGCAUUGAUAAAAUCAUCUUUGUUUAGUUAUUUUAAUCAUUUUUUUCCAAAUGAGCAAAAAAUCUUUGAUUUGAAUAACAGUUCUGAUUCUCUUAAUGUGGUUAGAAUAUUGUGUGAGAAAAAGUUACAAUCUGUGAAAUGGAGACAAAUCAGAGGAUAUUUACUUGCCAACGAAAUCGAUUGGAUUCAGGAUCCUAACAACCCAAAUAAAGGAAAAUUAGCCAUUUCUGGUACAGUAAGAGGAAUUGGUUUUAAUGUUGAUCGAUUGGUUCACUUGCCCAAUUUUGGUGAUUAUUCGAUUGAGAGUAUUUAUGUUACUUCAAAAAAUCCAAAAAAAGAGAAUCAGGUAGUUAAACCAAUUUUUCCAACUGAAAACAAGGAUUCAUUGGAAACACUAAACGAAAACUUUGACCAGGAUAUGUUUGAUAAUGAAAUGACUAAAAGUGAACCAGCAAGUAAUUACAAUUUGUUGGCUAAUAAUGAUUCUGGUGUAAGAAUUGACGAUCAUGUUUAUUUUGAAGAAGAAAAGACUCAAAAAGUAAGGGUUAGACCCGGAACAUCUGACUAUCAAGCAAGAUGGUUUCUUGAAGACGAUUAUUCUUCUGAAGAGUUGGAUGAAGAAAUUGCUGAAAUUGGUGGGAAUCUUCAGUUGAAGAAUAUGUUGGAAAAUAACAAAGAUAUAGAUUUAGAAGUGGAUGAUAAUGAUUUUGAAUCAAUGGAUAUGGAUGAAGAUAAUGAAGUGGAUGAUUAUAAUGCCGUUGAAGAAUAUCGUAAAAUUCAGGAACUAGAAUUUGACGACCAACUUCAAGUUGAGCCAAGUGUUUCAUUGAAGGAGAGAUUAAAAAAAUAUCGAGGUAUCAUCAAUUUGAACAGUUAUAACUGGCUUGUUGAUGAAGUUGAUGAAAACAGGCCCUCGGAAUGGCUAAAACUAUUAAGAAUUUACAAUUUUAAAGCUACUCAGAACCGAGUAUUGAAGGAAUCUGGAAUAAGUUCAAGUGUUAAAAAUGGGGAUAAAGUAGUGAUUCAUAUCAAAUUUCCUAAAAGCUUACUAGCUACUAUCAGGCCUUCAAGUCAGGCGCCAUUUAUUGUCUAUGGGUUAUUAGAACAUGAACAUAAGUCAGCAGUUUGCAAUUUUACUUUUAAAAGUUGGGAAGAAUAUGAAAAGCCUAUUAAAUCUGAAUCUAGUAUGGUUGUUCAAUAUGGUUUUAGAAGACAGAUAAUAGAGCCAGUUUUUUCAGUUCAUAAUAAUACACCUAAUAAUGUUCAUAAAGUUGAAAAAUUUGCCAAUCUUGGGUCAUUAGAAGUUGCUACAUGCAUUGCACCAGUUAGUUUUGGAAAUUCACCCAGUAUUUUUUUCAAAUUGAAGGAUAAGAACGAUUUUUCGUCAAUCGAACUCAUUGGAAGUGGAACAUUUUUGAAUGUAGAUCAUUCUAGAGUAUUAGCCAAAAGAACGAUACUAACAGGGCAACCAUUUAAAAUUCAUAAAUCAGUUUCAACGGUUAGAUACAUGUUUCUCAAUUCGGCAGAUGUAAACUGGUUUAAAUCAAUACCAUUGUUUACUAAAAAUGGAGUUUCAGGAUUUAUUCAAGAAAGUUUGGGUACUCAUGGGCAUUUUAAAGCCAAGUUCAAUAAAAAAGUCAGCCAGCAAGAUACCGUUGCAAUGGCUCUUUAUAAAAGAAUUUGGCCCAAGAAUUCCAGUAUAUUCAAAACAUGCUGA